AUGGGCAUGCAAACUUCGACUUUACCAGAAAAUCAACAAGAUUUUAUGAUUUCUGGCUAUGUUUGCCCACCAGAUGGAAUUAUCACAUCCGAAAAGCAAUAUGAAUGGGCACACAACCUUCCGAAACCAUCACGAUCUACUCUUACUCACUCUGCACGAAGAUACGUAAUCCGAGCAGAUCAUCUUUGUGGAUGGACAACUGUUUGGAUUGGAAAGCGAAACUACAAAAUGUUUAUGUUAUUUAACUUUUACGGAACACCAUAUUUAGGCCUAUUUUCUGCAUAUUGCAUAAGAUACUUUGUUAAAUACUUCAACUCCCUCGAAAUUACACCAUUAGUCAUUGUAGCUAUCUAUGGAAUCCUCGCGUUGUCAUUUACUCUUCUUACUUUUUCAUUUUCAAUAUCUUCCUUAUCAUUAGCCUGUCAUAACCGUACAAACUGGGAAGACUGGAAUACUGUAACAGAAGACUACGACAGAGGUUCUUGCAAAGCAAAUAUGGAAGAUAUUUGCGGAACUCCUGCAUCCAAAUGGGAUUACUUCUGUCCGAAGUCUCCUUUCACUAAUAUUACUAAUGACGAACUUGUUAGACAAUAUGAUCCAUGA